AUGACAUCUGCCAUACAGAGCGGCUGCGAUAGAAUUCUCCCACGUCCAAGGGGACGCGAAACACGCAACCCCUGGUGGACUGAAGAGCUAGAAUCAAUGAAAAAGGAGCUAAUCCGCAAACACCAUACCAUCCAAAAACUCAAAAAGAAAAACCUACCCAUGACUGAAAUAUUAGAAGAAAGAAACACGCUCAAGAAACAAUAUACAGAAGCCCUCAGCACCACAUCCAGUAAUCAUUUCAAAGAUUUUUGUACUAAACAAGGCAAAGACGACGUUUGGUCAUUAACCAAUAAACUGCUGAAAACCAAACCAUUAACACAACCACCCACAAACAUCAAACUCAAAAAUGGCACAUAUACGGAAAACAGUAAAGAAGCAGCGCAAGCAAUUCUCAACGACCACUUCCCCGACGAUACUCCCGAUCGAACACAAGAACAACAUAACGCCAGAAACAUAACAGAUAAAACCCCUAACACAAGCUCAGAACCUCCUUAUCACAAC